GUAUAAAUGUUAAGCACAAACAUCGAAUGACUUAAUUGCUAAUAGAGCGAUUGGAAACAAGUGUCAGGAAACUAUCAAAGUGGAAGUUUUAUAACGUGCAAUUUUUCUGAAGUAACGGAACGGUUGUUUUGGAUUUAAUGAUAAGUUUAUGAUCAUAUCAUGGAAAAUAGCCUAGUAUAACGGAAAGUAACUAACUUUUUUUUGUUCGCCGCCGUCGUAGGUUGCCGCCAUUAUUCGAACUAAGUUUUGAGUUGUUUUUUUUAAAUAAAAAAUCUUUUGAUCUUGUACCGGUGAAUGUAAUUAUUUGAUAGUUGAGUGAGAGAUAGCUUGAAGUUGAAAGUUUUAGGGAAUAAAAAUUGAAACAUUUUUUGAUCAAGUUGUAAGAUUUUCUAACAACCAAACCGUUUCUAAACACACUAGAAAAGUGUUGAUUUGUUGAACGAGAAAAAGAAACUAUUUAUUUAUUGUUAACAAUGUCAGAAACGCUUACUUCGGUUUCUCGGUCAAGUGUUGCCGGACUGUCAGAAGAGAGCGUUGAAGAUCUCAAUGAAGAUGAGACAUCAGUUCAGGAUGAUGUUCAACAUUUAUCUUCAUCAGAUGCUCAUCCUAAUGAUGUGAUCCUGUGCGUGGUGUGGAAGAGAGGCAUGCUGGGUGCUGCUUCGUACAGCGUGGAAACCUCCGAGGUGUCGGUGUUGGCGGACAUUGUAGACGUGAACCCAGACUUCAACAUGCUGAAGAGCCUGUACUACCAGGUGCAGCCCAGCAAGGUGGUGACCUUGUACGGACUGGCAGAGCCCUUCACGUCCGCGGUGAGGGCCCUGGUGACACCAGGGGACGAGGGGGGUUCCGCGACCAGCGGGGCUCUCAUCUUCCUGCCCUCCAAGGAGUGCAAGCUGCAGGCGUGCCGGGCGCGAGUGAUGUCUCUGCGGCUGCCCUCCGAGCCGGCAGACGCCAGCGAGGACGAGCACGAGCGCUUCCUGCAGUCGGUGCUGAACCUGGGGGCGGAGACCAUGGUGACGGCCCUGGGGACGCUGCUCAGGCACCUGGACGCCGCGUGGCCCGCGCUCAGCCUCACCGCCGAGGCCAGCGCGCCCGUCCUGCUGCUCACCAACAUGCUGCUGUCGGACAUAGUGACCAUGGACGCGGAGACGUACGAGGCCUUGCAGGUGUUCAGCCACAAGAUGCACCCCUCCUGCUUCAAGAUGUGGUCCCCCAGCAGCGACAAGGAGGGCCUCAGUGUGUACGGCCUCUUCAACCGGUGCCGCUCCCGAGUCGGCAGCAACUUCAUGAAGGUGAUGUUCCUGCACCCGACGCGCGACGUGGGCGUGCUGAAUGGCCGCCUGGACGUGGUGCAGUUCUGCAUGCAGCCCAGGAGCGACGAGGUCGUCAAGAACAUGACCCAGUGCCUGAAGCACGUCAGGAGCGUCGCCAAAAUUGUGACAAUACUGUCGAAACAAAAUUCACCAGUACGUGAUUGGAAAAUUCUGCACAGAACAAUCUACCAUUUAGUGCUUCUUCAUGAACUUUGCUCAAGAUACAAGGAUGAGGCGGCACUCUUCACUAAGAUUGCAUCAUUUGAAAUGAAGGCGUUGAGGAAAGUGUCCUGGUGCAUUACGAGAAUUAUUGACUUCCCAGACUCUGAGAAGCAGAAGCGGCUGACGAUUCAGCUGGGCAUUGACAGUGAACUGGACCGGAAGAAGCAAGAGCACGGGGGCCUCAGGAACGUGCUGAGCCGGAUGGCCGAGAUGGAGCUGGAGGACCUGCCCGCCUACAUCCAGACUUGCUCCACGAUCUACGUGCCGGAGAUCGGGUUCCUGAUCGCAGUGCCCUUCUGGGCACCGAACCUGCAAGACACUGAUCUGCAGAUCCCAGGACUUGAGUUCAUGUUCAUUGCAUCAGAAGUUGCUCACUUCAAGUCUCCUAGAUGCCGUGAGUUGGAUGCUACUCUGGGCGACAUGAUGGUGAGCAUCGUACAACACGAGAAGCGUUUAAUCAGGAAUCUCGUGGAGUACGUGCGAGAGAAGAUUGUCCCACUUCACGAAAUGGUUCAACUGGCAGCCGAGCUUGACUGCUUGGUGUCCAUGUCGACGGUGGCCAGAGAGAACGGCUACUGCCGCCCUGCUCUGAGGAAAGAGCAGAUGCUGGAGAUCAAGGACGGACGCCACCCGCUCCAGGAGCUUUGCAUCGACAACUUCGUCCCCAAUGACACCUGUUCCGGAGGCACUCACAGCCUCAUGAAAGUGCUGACCGGGCCGAACGCCAGUGGCAAGAGCGUCUAUCUCAAGCAGGUGGCAUUGAUAUCGUACAUGGCUCACAUCGGCAGCUACGUUCCAGCCAGCUCUGCGACAAUCGGCAUCUUGGAUCACAUCCACUCUCGCAUCCAGACUGUCGAGUCCAUCGCCUCUCAGCUGUCUGCUUUCAUCAUCGACCUGCAGCAGAUGUCGCUGUCGCUGUACUGCUCCACGCCCAGCUCCCUCGUGGUGAUAGACGAGUUCGGCAAGGGCACGGCGGAGCUGGACGGGCUCGCCCUGCUGACUGCCUGCCUGCGCCACUACCUGUCGCGUGGCUCCAACUGCCCGCACGUGCUGGUCUCCACGCACUUCCACCAGAUCACCACGCUGCUGCCAGCCUCGCCUCUGCUCUCCUUCCAGACUUUGGAAUAUGUUCUGAGCAAAGACGAAGACAUAGUUUGCUUGUUCAAACUGAAGGAUGGCAGUGUGGAGUCUAGUUUCUCGCUGGCUGUUCUGGAAGCCAUCGGGGGGAGUAAAGAAACAGUUCAGCAGGCAGCCAAGGUGCUCAAGGCAUUCAAACAGGCAACACCAAUGGUUGAAAAUCAUCAAAGCAAAAUAUCGCAAAAGAAAGUUAAGUAUAUUGAACUUGCGAACAAACUUUUGACUUCAGAACUUGAUGAAACACUAGUUUCAGUCUUAAACAAAGACUUGAAUUUGGUUAGCAAGUUGAAGUAAAUGUUUUUGUGUACGUAAAAAUCAGGCUACAAGGAUAAAAUAGAAGCAGAUUCAGAACCUUCAAAUCAUUGAAGAGGUGAGUGGAAAUGAAGAGCUAGCCAAUGGCAAUAACAAAAUAGCAAUGCAUCUUUUCUGCCACGAGUCAUAACGAGCACUUUUAAUUUAUGAAGUUCUUCAGAAUAAAGCAUUUAUCUUUUGUAUUAAAUAUAUGUUUUCCAUUAAUGUCAUUCUCACUUGGAAUUCACAAAUACUGUUAUUUCAAUCUAAGACUAAAUAUGUACAAAAGUACUUAAUUUCCUGUAAUGAAUGAUCUAGCUAAAAAAAAAAUUAAAAAAUUGUAGUCUGUGUGUGUGAAGACUCAUCUUUGUAUGAAACAAAUAAGAAUAUAUUACAUUGCAUUUA